AACAACAAGGUAAGGGGCAGAGGGAUGCGGAACACUGGUCCAUCAAACCAAACAACAAGGUAAGGGGCAGAGGGAUGCGGAACACUGGUCCAUCAAACCAAACAACAAGGUAAGGGGCAGAGGGAUGCGGAACACUGGUCCAUCAAACCAAACAACAAGGUAAGGGGCAGAGGGAUGCGGAACACUGGUCCAUCAAACCAAACAACAAGGUAUGGGGCAGAGGGAUGCAGAACACUGGUCCAUCAAACCAAACAACAAGGUAUGGGGCAGAGGGAUGCAGAACACUGGUCCAUCAAACCAAACAACAAGGUAUGGGGCAGAGGGAUGCGGAACACUGGUCCAUCAAACCAAACAACAAGGUAUGGGGCAGAGGGAUGCGGAACACUGGUCCAUCAAACCAAACAACAAGGUAUGGGGCAGAGGGAUGCGGAACACUGGUCCAUCAAACCAAACAACAAGUACUUUGUCACCAAGAAUCAGUCCACCAUCAUUGCCUUUGCCGUCGGGGGACAGUACAAGCCAGGGAACCCAUUCAGCAUUGUUGGGGCUCACACCGACAGCCCUUGUUUCAAGGUGAAGCCCAUCUCUGGGAGGGUGAAGAGUGGCUACUGUAUGGUGGGAGUGGAGCCAUACGGUGGGGGAAUCUGGCACACCUGGUUUGAUCGUGACCUGACAGUGGCAGGCCGAGUCCUGGUCAAGGAGGGGGACAAGAUCAACCAUCACCUUGUGCACGUCCAGCGCCCGAUCCUGAGGAUUCCCAACCUGGCCAUCCACUUGCAGAGGGAGAUGAACGACAGCUUUGGACCCAACAAGGAGAACCAUCUGUGCCCCGUGAUCGCCUCAGCCGUCCAGUCAGAGUUGCAAGGCCUCCCGAAACAGUCCGAGGCUGACGUCACACAGAAGACUCAGGCAGAGAAGCACGCCCCGGCGCUGGUCAAGCUGAUUUGUGAGGAGCUGAACAUUAAACCCGAUCAGAUGCUCGACUUCGAACUGUGCCUGGCGGACACACAGCCUGCUGCAAUUGGUGGAGCACUGGAGGAGUUUAUUUUUUCUGCCCGACUCGACAACCUGUUCAACGCCUAUGCAGCAUGUGAGGCGCUGGUCGAGUCCUGCAGUAACGAGAGCCUUGCUGCAGACCCCAGCAUCCGAAUGAUCAGCCUGUUCGAUAAUGAGGAGGUUGGGUCCCAGAGUGCACAGGGAGCUCAGUCUACCUUUCAAGAACUGGUUCUGCGUCGCAUCAGCUCCAGUCCAGACAACCAAACAGCCUUUGAGGAAGCCAUUGCUCGGUCGUACAUGAUCAGCGCGGACCAAGCCCAUGCUGUACAUCCCAACUACUCAGAGAAGCAUGAAAGCAACCACCAGCCAUCAUUCCACAAGGGUAUUGUCCUAAAGUUCAAUGGCAACCAGCGCUAUGCAACCACUGCGAUCACUGCUACGAUCCUGAGAGAGGUGGCAAAGCGUGUUGGAGCUCCACUGCAGGACAUAGUGGUAAGAAACGACUCUCCGUGCGGGUCGACUAUCGGUCCUAUCAUGUCUGCCAAGCUGGGGAUGCAGACCAUAGAUGUUGGGGCGCCACAACUCAGCAUGCACUCCAUCCGGGAGAUGGGAUGCACAUCCAGCGUCCACCAGGCCAUCGUGCUCUUCCAGGGUUUCUUUGAGCACUACCCUGCCGUGGCUGCCUCCCUCAACUUCUAGACAACGUCCUGGACGCCAUCAGAUACACACAGCAUCAGCGUCACGUCACCAUGCAGUGCCACACCACCUCCAACUUUAGUUUGGCAUCAUCUAUGCAGAAUUUCUAAUUUCCUGGGAGAGACUCCUAGCAGUAUACGAUGUUAGCAGUAUACGAUGUUAGCAGUAUACGAUGUUAGCAGUAUACGAUGUUAGCAGUAUACGAUGUUAGCAGUAUACUAUGUUAGCAGUAUACUAUGUUAGCAGUAUACGAUGUUAGCAGUAUACUAUGUUAGCAGUAAUAUGUUAAUGUCUUUGUUUCUCCAUGAAUUUACUAGUAAAAAUAGUAUUUAUUUGUUGAAAUAUUAAUGAAUGUAGCAUAAACAUUUCUUGUGAUAUUCAGAUUGUAUAUGUGGAAUCGUUAUGGUAACAAGUGCUGUAACUUCACCUGGGGUACAGGAACGCUAGUGUCCAUCACCUAGAACCAUCUGUGUACUGGCUGCCUUGUAUGACCUUCACCCUGCUUCACUCAGAGUGAAGUGGACAUUCAGUCCAAGACAUCUUCGUCAUACCAUUCUAAGUCUACGUUAAGACACAGAAGUUACAACAACCACAGCACUGAGAUUGUGGAACAAGGCCUCAAGAUGUUGUAAACAACCGUCAUUAAUCUCGAUCAAAGUACAUAAGUUGCGACAGUAGUAAGAUGGCAAACAUUAAUCAAACCAUUAUUAUGAAAUUGGCCUUUUGUGUUGAUUCGUCAUGAAAUCCAACUGUGUGUUGUAUUCAUAUUUGUCAAGAAUACUUGAAAAAAGAAUUGUCCUGAGAUGUGUGCACAUAAGUAUAUUGUUUUCUAUUAAAUUGGUGAUUUUUGAA